UGUUGCGGUGUGUGCAACGACGACUACGAAGGACUUUUUUUGUGCGUGCUCUCCCAACACCCAUGACCAUCAUCCCCAACAAACACCGCCAAACACCACACCAAUAGCAAGAUGUCGUCGGCUGCGACGUUGACGUUUGAUGCAGCCAUCUCAAGAAUAGGCACGGGAUGGUUCCACUACAAGUUGGUGGCUCUAUGCGGCUGGGCAAACGCCUCCGACGCCAUCGAGAUGCUCGGCAUUUCCUUCAUCAUCACAACCUUGGCCGAGUGCGACCUUGACCUGACAGAGGCUCGCAAGGGCAUGGUGACGGCUGGCCUGUUUAUUGGCAUGAUGCUUGGGGGAUGGCUGUGGGGCUCUUUGGCCGACAAGCUUGGCCGAAAAUACACGCUGAUCCUGGCGCUGCUGUUCAACUCGUUGUUCGGCUUCUCAUCAUCCCUGGCCACCAGCUACCACUCCUUUCUCUUCUUCCGCAUCAUGAGCGGCCUCGGGGUUGGCGGGUCCAUCCCAAUUGUGUUCACAUACACAACGGAGUUUCUGCCGACAAAGCAGCGCGGUCUGUAUCUGAGCAUCGUGGCUGCGUUUUGGAUGGUGGGCACCAUCUUGGUUGCCGGCAUGGCCUGGGGCAUCAUCGGCGCGCACGAGUGCAGCCACGCCAACAUGCCCAGCAGCAUCCUCCUCCGCUGCGAAGAGUGGGACAACUCCGGCUGCGGCUACUUUGCCACCUCAACAGGCGGCCGGCUGCCUGCGUGGCGGCUGUUUGUCGGGCUGUGUUCGCUGCCGUCGCUGCUGGCUGCCGUCUCCAUCGCCUUUCUCCCCGAGAGCCCGAAAUGGCUCGCGACCGUCGGCCGUAUCCGCCAGGCCGAACGCAUUCUCGAACGCAUCGCAAAGGCCAACUCGUCCUCUCGCCGCGGGUAUUCCGCUGUGCACGAUGACGAUGCAAAGUUCAGUCUCUCGAGCACCGACACACACGAGGCAACACCACCACAACACCACCAACCGCAACCAUCAUCAUCAUCACCAUCACCAUCGUCAUCAUCAUCGCCAGCGUCGCCGCUCGCCCUGAGCAUAUCCGAGGAGCGCACACAGCGCCACACCAUGCCAUGGCCAAUGCGCAUCCUGUCGUCUGUGCGGAAUGUGUUUGAGAGCACGGCGCGGCUGUUCCGUGGCCCAUCGCUGCGACCAACGCUCGUGCUGGGUGGCAUCUGGUUCUUCCUGUCCAUGGGGUUUUACGGCCUCACCCUCUGGCUGCCAAACUACUUCCAGCACGGCGCAAUCGACGCGUCAACCUCCGUCUACAAGGUGUCCUUCUGGGUUGCGCUUGCCAACAUUCCCGGCAAUGCGUUUGCGUUCUGGGGCGUGGACUGGCUCGGGCGCCGCAAGACGCUGCUCAUAUCCAUGCUCGCGUCCGCAGCCAGCGUCUUCUCCAUCCUCAAGAUCCACUCGACCGCAGGCACGACUGCCUUCUCGUGUGUGUUCUCUGGCGUGUCCGUGGCCGGGUGGAACGCCCUCAACAUCCUCUCUGCCGAGCUGUACACAACACGCCAGCGCGGCGCCGCCUUUGGUCUUCUCGCAGCGACCGGACGCAUCGGCGCCAUUGUCGGCAAUAUGGCCUUUGGUGCCAUGAGCGCAAGCUCCCCUACGCUGCCUCUCAUGCUCACGGGCGCGGCGCUUGCGUUUGGCGCGUGCAUGUCCCUGCUUGUUCCAGAGACGCGCAACAUCAGCAUCGAGUGAUGACUGUGCUGCACCUUGCUGCUUGACUUUCCGUUUGCUUGCUUUUUGUUGCUGGUGUUGGUGUUGUUAUUCUGUGUGUAUCUGGCUCAUGUGCUCGUUUACUGGCAGAACCCCUUGUACUUUUGUUAUUUCCAUACAAUAGGAUCGGUUUUGUGUGCUUAUGUGUGCUUAUGUGUGUGUGUGUGUGUGUGUGUGUGUGUGUGUGUGUGUGUGUGUGUGUGUGUGUGUGUGUGUGUGUGUGUGU